AUGGACGUGAUGUUGGCGCGUGGGAGGUACGGGGGCGGGGUGGCCACCGACAUUGGGGCCACGUACUGGUUUCUUGAGAUGAAGGACUGGAUCGGCGAGCUCAUGGGUUCACCACGGCAGUAUCGGCCGAUGGAGUCGUGGAGCUGGAUAGAUAUUAUGGGACGUCCAAUCGGCCAGAACAAGGGCUCGUGCGUGCUGAGCGCCUGCCUGAUGUGCUUGGAGGCCCAGCACCGGCUGGCGUUUGAGAGGAGGCACGGCAGCGAUACAUUUCCGUAUGCCAUCCCUCGUGAGACGGCCGCAGACUUGCUGGAGACAUGCAAGAAGGCCGGCGUCUGGACACGUAAGGAAGGCGCCAAUGUUGGCAAGGUGCUGGAGGUAAUGCAGCGGAACGGCGGGGCUGUGGCUUGGCACGAGGAAGGCUUGGAGCACUGCAAGCUACAGAUCAAGUCAUGGGAGCGACUGCCCUCACCAUCCAGCUCCAGCCUCGCGCGUAUCAUGCGCACAGAGGGGCCACUCAUUGGUUCCUUGGACGUUGUACGAGCAGAUUACUACGCCCCUGGCUGGCAGACGCGAGUGUACACAGGAGGAUCGGGCAAGAAGAAGGCGGUGGGUCACGCUCUGGUUUGCAUGGAGUACCGACUGGACGGCGAGCUGAUACGGGUGGUCGACAACCACAACUGGCAAGGGCCUGUUCGGUGGAUCUCCAAGACCGCCUUCAGGAGCUUUACCCAGAUCAAGGUUGAGCCUCUGGACGCCGGCGCUCUCGGCAUUGAGGUGAGCUGGCGGCGCCGCCUGCUGCGCAUGCUCUGGAGGGAAGAGACCUUCUGGUGGCGCCAGCGCCGUACUCUCAACAAGGUUUGGAACAAGCACCACUAGCUACUCUAGGUUGGAAUUUGGAUAUCCAUGUCAUGUAUGGUGCUCCUGUAAAGAAUGAAUUGAACAACACAAGCACGUCCC